GUCGAAGUAAAACCCCUUAAACCCUAAAUAAGCUUCAAAAUUGCCGGGAAACAAACGAACCUAACGGUUCUUUUAGAAACCCUAAUUUUUUUUUAUCCCUCUAUCUUCCCUCUUUAAAAAAAACCCUAAUUAAAUUUCCCGGGAAACAAACAUCCCAAUCUUUGUUCCAUGCUUAUUACAUGGAGAAAUUUCAAGUUCCCUUUAAAAAAAUCUCAAUUCAUCUCUGUUCUCCUGCUCUCUAAAUCAUCCCCUGUCUCCACCGCCACCGCCACCGCCACCGCAUUGCUCGCCCAUAAAUCAGCAAACACCAUCGAUUCCACUCCUCCGCCAGAAUCCGCCUCUGUUAUUAUUUCUGGUUUUGAGAGUUUAGGGUUUAAGAGAUUUAUAGAGCAGUAUUAUUUCAAAGAUGUGAUUUUUAGGCUUAAUCAGUCUCAGGUUGAUCAAAUAAUUCAGUAUUUGAGUACGGAGAAUGGUGACUACGCUUUGGAUUUUUAUCAUUUGCUGAGAAAUGAAUUUGGGUUCCUUCAUUCUAGGAUUUCCACAAUUGUUGUUUCUCAUGUUUUGGCUCAAAAGAGACGGUUAAAGGAGUUGCGAUUUGUUUUGGAUGAAAUGCUGCUGCGCGAAGGCUCUGGUUCAGCUCCUUCAAUUUGUGAGCUUCUUUUGAGUAACUUUGUGAGCUGGGAUUCUAGUGAUGUCAUGUGGGAUAUGUUGGCUUUUACUUAUUCAAGAUCUGAAAUGGUUCAUGAUGCUCUCUUUGUUAUUGUGAAGAUGAAAGAUCUGAACUUGGUACCUUCGAUACAAACAUAUAAUAGCUUGUUGUACAAUCUGAGGCAUACUAAUAUUAUGUGGUAUGUGUAUAAUGAUAUUAAACUUAGUGGGAAUCCUAUAAGUGAGUACACUAGUUCAAUCAUUGUAGAUGGUCUAUGCACGCAGUCCCGGGUUCAAGAUGCUGUUAUGUUCUUGAGGGGUUCUGAAGGGAAGGAGUUUGGGCAAUCUGUUGUUUCAUUUAAUACCGUCAUGUCUAGGUACGGUAAAUUGGGUUAUGUAGAUAUUUCCAAGUCAUUUUUCUGUAUGAUGCUCAAGUGUGGACUUCUUCCUGAUGCAUACAGUUUUAAUAUUCUUAUUCAUGGGUUAUGUACAGCUGGUUCCAUGGAAGAAGCAUUAGAUUUAGAGAAUGAUAUGGAGAAGCAUGGCUUAGAGCCUGAUUUAGUAACUUACAACAUUCUUGCGAAAGGGUUUUAUUUACUUGGUAUAAUGAGUGGGGCUUGGAGUAUCUUCGGAAAGAUGCUAAUUAAAGGGCUAACUCCCGAUCUUGUUACGUAUACUAUGCUUAUAUGUGGGCACUGCCAGAUUGGAAAUGUUGACGAGGCAUUAAAGUUGCAUACAGAGAUGAUCUCAAAGGGCUUUCAGUUGAGUAUCUUCUCAUCCACAGUGAUGCUCAGUAGCUUGUGUAAAAGCGAACAGGUCGAUAAGGCAUUGAAAUUGCUUUUUGAAAUGGAGGGUAACGGUUUUGAACCAGAUCUCAUAACAUAUUCUGUUCUCGUUCAUGGCCUGUGUAAGAAAGGAGAAGUUGAACAGGCUAUUCAGCUAUGUAAAAGAAUGUGCUUAAAAAGAAUUUAUCCAAAUUCUCUUGCUCACAGAGAUAUUUUGAUGGGUCUUUGUGAGAAGGGUAUCAUGUCACAGGCUAGAAUGUAUUUUGAUAAUAUCAUAGCAAGCAAAUUGACAUUGGACAUUGUUCUGUAUAAUAUUAUGAUUGAUGGGUACGUAAAAUGUGGUAAUGUUAGAGAGGCUGUAAAAUUAUACAAACAAUUAGGAGAGAAAGGAUUAUCUCCAACUAUAGUCACUUUCAAUUCUCUUAUUUAUGGAUUCUGCAAAAAUAGAAACCUUUCCCAGGCAAGAUGGUUACUGGAUAAAAUAAAGCUGCACGGACUGGAACCUAGUGCUGUAACUUAUACCACUCUUAUGAGUGCGUACUGUGAAGAGGGUAAUAUGCAGAAAUUGUUCGAGUUACUGUCAGAAAUGCAAGCAAAAGCUAUAGCACCAACUCAUGUCACAUACACUGUAUUAAUCAAAGGACUUUGCAGACAGUGGAAAUUGCAAGAAUCUUGCCAGAUACUUGAAGAUAUGGAUGCUAAGGGCUUAACCCCUGAUCAAGUCUCGUAUAAUACCAUAAUCCAAGCGUUUUGCAAAGCUAGAGAUAUGAGAAGCGCAUUUAAGUUAUAUGAUAAGAUGUUGCAUCAAAACCUUAAUCCUACAUUAGUUACAUACAAUGUUCUCAUAAAUGGUCUUAGUGUGUAUGGUGAUCUGAAGGAUGCUGACAGUCUAAUGUUAUCACUUCAGGAUCAAAAGGUCCAUCUAAGUAAAGUUGCUUACACCAUCCUAAUCAAGGCACAUUGUGCUAAGGGUGAUGUCACUAAAGCAGUGGUAUAUUUUCGCCAGAUGGUGGAAAAGGGAUUUGAAGUUUCAAUCAGAGAUUAUAGUGCUGCAAUUUGCAGAUUGUGUAAACGAUGUUUAGUAACUGAAGCCAAGUACUUUUUCUGCAUGAUGCUGUCUGAUAGUGUAUGUCCUGAUCAAGUACUUUGUGAAUUAAUGCUUAAUGCUUUCCGCCAAGGUGGUCAUGUCACUUCAUCAUUUGAAAUGCUUGCUAAGAUGAUCAAAUUUGGCUUCAUCAGUGGUCAAUGAAAAGUAACCAUUCACUCGCAUCAUCAUUGUCUAUAAGAUGGCUUAUAUUGAAUCUAAACGGCAUUUUUAUCACAAGAGCACACUUUCUCAAUAUUCCUGGGAGAGUAGAUGCUUCAAGAACAUUGAAGUUCUUUUCAAAUGCUCUCAAAUAAGGCGAUGUUCAUAGGGCAGUGGUACUCGUCGAAGUUUUAGUUGUCUUUUUCGAGGUCAAUCAGUCGAUGAGAUUCUCUGAUGCAUUCGUGGGUUCACUAUAAAAAUUUGCGCCUUAUUGGAUUUGCAUCUAUGAAUACUGGAGACUACAUUGAAAAAGGUUCACUAUAUCUAUGUAGGAGAAUGGAUAUGGGAAAUUCAUCAAAUAACUACAACGUGGAAGAGAUGCAUUUCAUGGAAGUUCAAAGCCACAGGGUUUCUUGAUGACACCCAUCACUAUCAGUCCGAUUCUUCAUUUCAAGUAAUGUCAGCCCUCGCAGAUAUCUCCCGAGGACUAUUACAGCUUAUGCUGCCGGUUUAAUCGUGAAAAUCAUGGACAGCACUCAGAAAGAAAUGUUGUUUCACAAGUUUGAUUAUCAUUCAAGAGUCUGCUCUUCUGCAUCAAUCCCUCUACCACAAAGUCUCCUCUUAAGUUCUUCAGUUGAAGAUGGACAAUUAAAAGUAAAAAUGCUUCAAAAGAAUUACUUUACCUCACUAAUCUUGCACCUUCAACAUCAGUAUCAAGAAUGCUAGUUCCAUGAGGAUUUCCAUGAACAUAAGUUAAAUUCAGGAAACAAUUUUUUUAAGAAAUUCAUUUGUAAAUAAAUAAUACUUAUGUUUAGUUUAUUUGUAAAUCUAUAUAAUUUAUUUAAA